AUGAUGCACGGCGCCUUGUAUCAGGCUGUGCGGCGGUGCCUUUCACAGCAGGAGGAUGACCUGAUGUGGGACGCAAUACGUGUCAUUCUGCGCCGCCAUGGAGCGCUGCCACUGCCACGCAUCACCGCACUCCUCAGCGAUGAGGCGCUGGAGGUGAUGCAGAACGUCAAGGGUGGUCUGCGUCGAUACAUGCAGGAGCGUCCAGUGCAUUUUCACGUUGAGGUUCUUCCCUCUGGCGUGACAGUUGCGAUGCUUACGACUGAGCUGCGACGCGCGCGUUUUGGGGAUAGCUCUCGCCUCCUUACGCAGGUUCUGGCCCAUGUGGCGGCGUCACCACAGCAACAGCUCACCGUGUCGCAGGUCUUCCGCGCACUUCCUGCAUUGGAGCAGCGUAAAUGUGGCAAUGAGAAGCGGUUAGAGUCUCUGCUUCUGCAGGAAGCAUCGCUGCUGACGGUGCAUAACGGUGUCGUGAAGGCGGCCCCCACAUCCUUCAUGGCGCGCCGUGGCAUCUCGCAUGCACCACCGCCCCCCUUGCCGAACCGCACGGCAAAAGUUUGCGAGUCAGUGCCGGAAGCACCACACACUUCCAGCACAUUUGCAGAGGAUGCAAAGCUCAACAAGCUGUUAGCGCUACUGUAUCGGAAAGUUCCCUUCUCGUACUACGUUCCGCUGCGGCUUGUGGUAGAGUCGUCACAGAGUUUUAUGUGCUUCGCCCACGGCAUAUCCGUGGACGAGAUUCUUGAGGAGUUGCACCGCGUGCCGGCGACGACACUGGACUGCCGCGUCAUUGGGGGGGAGUUGGAUGAUGUCUUUCUACGCAUGAUGGACGCAGAACGGCGCCCGUACACCGGUGAUGAAUCCAAAUUGGCGCGACAUUAUGAAGUCCUACCGCUUGGGGCGCCGCUGCUGGAUGCCUUCCGCGGGUACGCCGCGGCGAGUCCCGAGAACAGACAACGGUUGCAGUCAGGUAUCAGCAUGGGCGACCUGAAAAACGUCCUUCCGUCAGACCUUCUGCAGCGGCUGUUCAUCUACUCGACGGCAGACAAAGAGUCUGCUUGCAUCUUUAUCUUUGACCGUCUGCGCCACCUGUUCGAUGUGAACAUGACAGCGUACAAGGUGCGGCUGUGGGAGGUGCUCGCCGCCCACGCUCAGCCGUCGAGUCUAACGUGGCAGACCACACCACUACCUUUGGUGCUUCGCCACUUCCUCAUGGCGCUGAGUGAAAAACCACUUUCACCAGAGGCGGUUCUCGCUGCGAUACCCAUGUGGUCGAAGAAGCAGCUACAGUGCGCCUACGACACUGUGGAGGCGUUUGUUGCGCAUCACUCAUUGUACUUGCUGCUGAAGGAUGGACUCGUGUGGACACCAUAUCUUGCCGCUGCCUCUCAAGGGGCUCGCGUUCCGACAACAUCACGCAGUGGCGCGGUGGGUCGCAACUUGACGGAUGCGGUAAAGGCACGGAUGCUGAUGGAAGUGAUGCCCCUGCACCACCCGUUGGAUUGGAAUCGCUUCCGCUUACACCCACUCGUGCGGGAGCUGCCGUUUGAGACGCGCAACAUGCGCCCCGAAUUCUUUGAGCGGCACCGUGAGUGCUUCCGUGUCUACGAGGUGUUGGGCUCCACAUCGUUUAUUGUUGGCAGGCGGGACGGUAUACCGCCUGCGCCGGAGCUCCUGCAGCCGCCGUGCAAUUCGCUGAGCGAUCUCGUGAGGCAGAUGGCCCUCUUCUCGAUUGGCGGGGCGCAGGAGUCCACAGUUCUAAACAAUUUGUCGAAAGAGGCACGUAUGAUGAUGCGGAGGUACGGCUCACUGGAGAACAUUGCGAUGCAGUUGCCGAUGUGGUUCGACGUGCGAAAUGAGCGGCAGGAGCCGGGCUGCGCGAUCAUCUCUUACAUUGCAACGGAGGGAGCCUGCCAGCCACGCGACAGGGACCAGUGCGGUGAAGAUUGA